AUGUCCACAUUCACUCCCGCUCCCCCUGGCUAUCCCGGUGCGAACACCAACAUCCCGCAUACAUCUAAUGCACCUCCACAGCAGCAAGGUUAUCCACCUCAGCAAAACUACAACCCCUACGGCGCACCACCCCAGGACGCGUAUGGUGCACCGCCUCAGGGCCAGUAUGAGGCCUCGCCAGGGUCAUAUGGGGCUCCGCCAGGACCGUAUGGUGCCCCACCCCCUGGACAAUAUGGACAGUAUUGUGCCCCCUCUCCCCAGGGUCAAUAUGGAUACCCGCCCCAGCAGGGACAGGGAUAUCCACCGGCUAGUAACCCCGCGUACGAGGAUGCGUCGGCACCCGAGGCAGAAGACGUUCCACAGCAGCCACCGACUAGUCAUCCUGAGUAUGGGGAAGCAUCAGCGCCCGUGUCAGAAGAUGGGCCAAAGCACCCGCGAGCGCCUGAAGGGGAGUAUGGGCACACUUUGCCCGAAGGAACUGUACCUACCGCUCCCGUCGAUGACGCGGCAGGUCACGCUGAGGUGCCGGUGAGUGAGCUCAACGAAGCGGUUGAGCAGCUCAGUCUUGGUGACGAAAAGGCUGAGAAAAAGGAGAAGCACGCAGAGGAGGAGGCUGUGCAAAAGCCCAAGUUUUGCCAAGAAUGUGGUCACAAGUUAGCUGGUGCCAAAUUCUGCGGCGAGUGCGGUCAUAAGGCCUGAUGAAAAGCUGGAUAUGACUUACAUCUGUAUCAAUGAUCCUGACGUUAUAAACCGUCUCAGAGUCGGUGUUGAGCCGAUUUUAUUUUGAUGCUGGGAACUGCAAACGCCCUUAGCACGCAUUUUCGAAUACCUGAUAGAGCUGGUAUGCGUUUUCCGUCUGAAUUCCAUAGCGCUUAUGAAUAUGAAAAUAAAAUAAUUUGGUUUUGAUAGUGCGUAAGAGCACGGAA